AAAUAGGCAUUUAUACCGAGCCCUCGCAAAAUCACAGAAAAAUAUGGUCUUCAUCUUCUCCUCCCACCCGCAGGCGGCGAAGUAGAACAAGGGAAGGCUCCAAUAAAAAAAUCGCGACCGGCGGCGGCGACGGCGAGGCGGAGUCGUAAGCGGGAGCUGCGGAAGGGAGGAGGCGUCGCCGAUCGAUCGGUCCGGCCCGGCGCGGUCGGGGGUCAAAAGCGGAAAAGAGGAGCCGCGGUAAUUUCUUCGCGCCGCGGCGCACGCAAGGAAUCCAGCGAGGGAAAGACAGCGAUGGUGCGGAAGGGUCCGGAUUCCAGCUGAGUCCCGAGCACGCAGGAGCGGCAGCGGGGAGAGGAGAGAGAGGGGACAGGCAGAGGCGGACGCGUCGCUGGGUUUGAUGAGGAAGGCUGGAGCAAAAGAGGGAUCAAUUGGAUCCAAGGGUGCGGUUGAUGUGAAUCAAUCUCCUGUUUCCGUUGCAGUAACAGGAAGACGAUCUGAUUUGAUGAUCAAAUUUUGCACUUGCACCGGAAGGUCAUCGUCGUCAUCAUUUCGCAAUAUCAAUAACACAGAUAUUUCAAUGACCUGCAAAGGCUGUACUGGUGAAUCAACAACAGACAGAGGCGGGCCUUCGUGUAGCAGCAAGCUUAACGGUAUGGGCCUGGAGCUCCCAAGACCUAUAGAUCCUGAGGUGAGAUGGAAAACUGUAAACAGAAGGCAAAGAGCCGCAAGGAGAGCAAGGACCUCCUUCUCUGGAGAGGACAGAAUGAAGGAUGAAAUAGGAUCUUUCUAUGCAUUCGGCAAUUCUACGAAUCAAGAGAUGGCACAAGAAGAUGCUCCAGUCUCUGAAUCUGAGAAGUUUGGGGUAUCCAUUCUUGUUAGACGCUUUAGUGACCCCAUGGAAAAUGUCCCUAUAAAAAAGAGAAGAUUUCAUAUGGAUUGUUCUCCAUCACCUCCACCCACUCCAUUGCUAGUGGAUCCAUAUGAAAAAAUAGUGGGCAGCACUUCUGGAGGCAUCCCAUCAUUUGAGAAGCAUCGUAAGGUCAUGAUGCUUAGAGGUGAGUGCAAGGAGGAAAAUAAAGGCCCUUUUGACGCUGAUGAUUUUUCUGGUAUAUCAAUACUAGCUGCUGCUGCUUGUGAGAGUGAGAUGGAUGGUGACAUAUUGAAUGUGGCAUGCUCAAAGUUAGCUCAUCCUCUCGAAGGAAGGAAGCUGGAAAAUACUAUGGGUAGCUCUGAGUUGAGUCUCCUACAUGGCAUGGAGGGGGAUAAAUUAAAUAUUACGGAGGCUUUACAUUGUAUUUAUGAUAGGCCUCUCAAGUCACCUAAUUCUGCUCCAGAUAUGAAGCCCUUAUUUGUUACCACACUGAAAAGCUCAGAAAAUCUUGUUGAAUCUGCAUCUGCUCCAAUGGUUAAUUGUUCGCUCUAUUCUGCAUCGAGCAGUGCAAAGAAAACAGAGAUUGCUUCUGAUGCUAAGUCGUCAAGUGUUGCAAUGCCUAACAGCUCAAGUAAUCCAGAUAAAUCUGUAGGCUGCUCGCAAGAUGCAGUUGAGCAAACCAAUCGUGCCAAUGGCACUUAUGAUUCUAGGUUACACUGGGAUCUAAAUGUUGCAAUGGAAGCAUGGGACACCAAUUGUGGUGAUGAUGAUGAUCCUACAGUUGCUACUGUAAGCGAUCGUAAUGAUGCUGGAAAUGACACGAACAAACCACAGAUAUCUCAUGAUCUUUUUAACUCAACAGAUGCUGGUGAUGUUCCUGGUCUCUCUGUUGACAAAAUUCAUAUGGUUGAUGCACUAAAAGAUGUUAAUACAAAGGAUGAAGGUGGUUUUCCUGCUGACAGUUCAUCUCACCCUUUGCACCAUCAGUCUUCCCAAAAUUUGCAGCUAAUGAAAUCUGAAUCUGUAGGGAAUGAUACCGCUGCAGAAACAAUGGAUUUGCCUGAUCAGCAGAAGAGCAGAUUUGCUUCUGUAAUGGAAUCACACCUAGGGUCUAAUCCAGAACCGGCUCUUAUCACAGAUCAUUUUCCUUUAACUGAAAAUGUGGAGAAAAUCGAUGGUUCACAUCCCCCACCUGUUGAUUGUGAAGGUUUGUCUCAUAUGUAUCCUGCAAAUGAUCAUGUUGGAGGUAAUUCAAUCCAAACAAGUGAACUGGGCUCGACAGUGAAGCCUGUGGCAAGCAGAUUAGUUUCUGAGGAAAGCACAAACCUUCCAACAGUAACUGCUUUCAAUAAAAAAAUUACUGAUUUUGGCUGGAGCGAUAAUAAAGUUGAAGAAACUUCUGAACAAAGCAUAUCUGAAUUUAAGAACCAGGAACUUUUGGAUGUUGAUUCAGGAACUAGUAAAAUGGACCAGUCAGUUAGUAGGAAGGGUGAACAUGGCACUGAUGUACUGUGUGUGCCCAAGAGCUCUGCAGAUCCAGAAAAUCUCGUUCCUCCUCCAGAGGACAACCCAGGGUCAUCUGUUUGUGAUAUGACUCAUGUGCAUGAAGAAGAUGGUGCUGAGGCAAUGAUUAAUUCUAAAGACUGUUCAAUUACUUGUGCCAACAGUAGCAGUGCAGAAACAUAUUAUAUUUCAGGUGUGGCUCCUCGGGCUCCUGGUUUCAAUUCAGAAUGCAACAAACCAGGUGUUACUGACACAGGCAGUAUUGUGGAUUCACAAGCUGCAGCUCAUAGCUACCAGAAUGGUUACGAAAAUGAGCUUGGGAAGGUCGCAUCGGAUAUUUGUUUAGAGAACUGCUAUGAAACUGACACAUCUCAUAUUAGCAAAAAUCUAGCUGGUAUUGGAGAAGUCGAUGUCGAGGAGGAUGAUUCUCAAUAUGAGGAUGGGGAGCUUAGAGAAUCUGGUGAUCGUUAUUGGGCGGAUGAUGGGUACAAAGAAGUUAAUCGUACCAACUGGCACUAUCAGGUAUCAGAUUACAAGAAUGAAGCAGCCACCCCUGACAUCCCUUCUCUCCCUAUUGACUCUGUUUCAAAGAAUGUGGGUAUUCCUGUUUCUGGUUACAAUGGAACACAAUCCAGAAAGGAAGAUGAUGCUGUUUCACCUGUCUCAUCUAAGCGCUCGUGGUCAACAAUAUGCUUAGAUGGUGGAUCUAGUGCUGGUGGGAAGGAUCAGAACAUUCAUUCCAGAGUGACAGGUGAUACUCAGAUGUAUGAGAUAAACCCAGGCCGUGUAACAGUUGGAUCUGCUGCAACAGCCAGCCAGUCUGAAAGGUGCAAUGAUGGUUUAGGUGCUGAUCUGUUAAGUAUCACAGUGAAGAAUACAGGUUGGGAUAUGCUGCCUGAAGAUCAAAGGCACUCUCAACGUGAUCCAAGGGACGGAUCUGAUUCUUCUAACCAGUGUGUUUUGAGCUUAUUAGAUGCAGCUGGAGAUGAUGAAUCGUUGCGAAAAAUGGGGCUAUCGAAUAGAGAUGUGCAACGAGUGGAGCAGCCAAGAUCCUUUGACGGACCCCACAGAAAUGAACUGAGCAGAUCUGAUGAUGGUUAUGGCUCAGGCUCAAAAGCUGAAAGGACAAUUGACUCUCAUAGAUCACAUGGUAUCUAUGAUGCAUCACGACAUACUCAAGCGGGCAGCCGGGGGGAGCAGUGGGUGGAAAAUUCAAAACAUCCUCGUUCUACUCGGCAUAAAUCACCUGAGUAUUAUAAUUAUGGCUUGUCUGGUCCAAGGAACGCUGCAGAAGCUGCUGUUGCGAAGAUGGAGAGCAAUGGUUUUGUUGUUGCACAUGAUGGCACUUUAGUAAGAGUUGUUGAUGCUGCAAAUGCUGGUCACAUGGCAAGAAGGAUGAGAAACACUUUAAGUAGUUCAUACCGCCCUUUGUCAGGACACGGUUCUCCAAUUGACAGGGAUGGAACCUGCGGGUUGUCUAGAGGGCCUGCACAUGCUAGGGAAGCAUCUGCAGAACGGCACUUUGGUGCAAAUAGUAACAGGUCUGGUCGAUAUGGGCCUGAGAUGGAGAAAGAUCAUACUACUGAUGGAAAUUUGAGUUCAGUUCGUUGCUCACUGUCCAGCAGACAACGGGGCAUCCCGACUGGGAGAGCAUCACUUAAACUUUCAUGUGCUCGCAGCAGAUCCCCUUCUGGCUCAAGGUCUCGAUCCCCACAUGAUUGGUCAUCACCAAGAAAUAGAAGGAAAAUAAUGGCAAAUGGAGGUUCAACUUUACGGAGGCAUAGUAUAUCUCCACCUAAUCACAUGACUAAAGUUAGAAUGGGUAGAAUGACUUCACCUCAGAGACAACCUGGAUAUGAUGAUCGAGCUAUGUGUUACAGCACUCCAUCGAGAAACCACACAUACUCCCAACAUGCUUCAACAUGGGUUGAUGGAAGGACCAGCUCAACGGUAGAUCUUUCUGAUCAUAAUAAAAGAUAUUCAAGGAGAAGCCCUCCUCUGAGGAUUACCUCACGAAAUGACAGAUUUGAUGUAAUGAACUCCCAAGGACGAUCAAGUUCUAGAGAAUUCUACCGCCCGACACAGGGAAGACUUCCUUAUGGCUUUGAUAGGGGAAAUAAGUAUGAUGGGAAUGGUUAUGAUCAAAGGGAAUAUGCUGAUAGAUAUGAAGGUCAAUCAGUCAAGCCAUAUGACCGGAAUGGUGCUGUAAAGCAGUUCAGAAAUAAUACUGGAGAUAAAUUUCGCACUCGACCCACUCGUAUUUCUGCUUCCAGAUCACCAGAACUACAAAGAAGGGUGAGUCCUCGGAGGCUUGACAGGAGCUUUGAGAGGUAGUUGGGAAGCUGGCUGUGAAUUUGCCUCAUAGAACUAAAAAGGAUAAUAAAGUUCCGUUGGGAUAUGAUUGGACUGGAAAAGGCAGUGUUGCAAAUCCUUGAUGGAAUUCAAUCUCUGCAAUUUCAUGGAGGACUCUCUUGGGAGCAGCACUUUGUGUUCUACUGCUGCUUUAUGUGUUCAAGCACAGAUGCUCAAAUCAUGCACUUCUUGGGAGGGGAAUGCAGAUUAACUUCACAAUUUUCCUGUUUUCGCCUGUAAAUAUUUAUAUUGGUAGUAGAAUUAUAAUCACUGCUUUCAGCUUUAUGGCUGUUCUUUUUAUCUUCUAAUAUUUUGUCACGUUUAUCCCUUGUGUUCUUUUUAAUGGGCGUUAUCCCUGUAUGAGGUCUAUUUAAGCAUAUCAAUCAAUUAAUUUUGAGCUCAAA